AUGCGAGGAGAGCACAGCUUGCGAGGAGAGCACAGUUUGCCAGGACAGCACAGCUUGCGAGGACAGCACAGCUUGCGAGGACAGCACAGCUUGCGAGGAAAGCACACCUUGCGAGGACAGCACAGCUUGCGAGGACAGCACAGCUUGCGAGGACAGCACACCUUGCGAGGACGGCACAGCUUGCGCGGACGGGACAGCUUGCGAAGACAGCUCAACUUGAGAGGACAGCUCAUCUUGAGAGGACAGCUCAACUUGAGGGGACAGCUCAACCUGAGAGGACAGCUCAACUUGAGAGGACAGCUCAACUUGAGAGGAGAGCUCAACUUGAGAGGACAGCUCAACUUGAGAGGACAGCUUAACCUGAAAGGACAGCUCAACUUGAGAGGGCAGCUCAACUUGAGAGAACAGCUCAUCUAG